UGAAGCUGCUUGUCACGUACACGUGUUUCGACUGCAGCGGGAACGUGGAGACUGAUAACUCGUAAAAAAUAGUAGAGUCAAGUGAAGACACAACAGUUUCUGAUACUAAACGAGUAUUUCUCCUUUGCCGGAAGCCUUUACAUGCCACUAUGAAGUACAUCCUGGUUACCGGUGGUGUUAUAUCUGGUAUUGGAAAGGGCAUCAUUGCCAGCAGCGUAGGGACAAUCCUCAAGUCCUGCGGCCUUCAUGUCACAGCCAUCAAAAUAGAUCCAUAUAUCAAUAUUGAUGCUGGCACCUUUUCGCCAUACGAACACGGGGAAGUUUUUGUUCUUGAUGAUGGUGGGGAAGUGGACCUGGACUUGGGGAACUAUGAGCGUUUCCUAGACAUCCGUCUCACCAAAGACAACAAUCUCACCACUGGAAAGAUCUACCAGUCGGUCAUCAACAAGGAGAGGAGGGGAGACUACCUGGGCAAGACUGUACAAGUGGUACCCCACAUCACAGAUGCCAUCCAGGAGUGGGUGAUGAAGCAGGCCAGGAUCUCGGUAGAUGAAGAUGGUGUGGAGCCUCAAGUUUGUGUCAUUGAGCUGGGAGGCACCGUGGGGGACAUUGAGAGCAUGCCCUUCAUCGAGGCCUUCAGGCAGUUCCAGUUCAAGGUGAAGAGGGAGAACUUCUGCAACAUCCAUGUCAGCCUGGUACCACAGCCGAGUACCACAGGAGAGCAGAAAACCAAACCAACCCAGAACAGUGUUCGAGAACUCCGAGGGCUGGGCUUGUCUCCAGAUUUGAUUAUGUGCCGCUGUUCAUCGCCCCUAGAAACAUCCGUCAAGGAGAAGAUCUCCAUGUUUUGUCAUGUAGAGCCCUCACAGGUGAUCUGUGUCCGUGACGUCUCCUCCGUCUACACAGUGCCCCUGCUGCUGGAGGACCAGGGUGUUGUGAGCUACUUCUGCCAGCGGCUCAGUCUGCCCAUCGAUGUGAAGCCCAGGAAGAUGCUCACAAAGUGGAAGGAGAUGGCUGACAGAACUGCCCGUCUCUUGGAGCACGUCUCCAUCGCCCUGGUGGGGAAAUACACCAAGUUAUCCGACUCCUACACCUCUGUUAUCAAGGCCCUAGAGCACUCGGCCCUCGCAGUUAAUCACAAACUCGAAGUCAAGUACAUCGACUCUGCAGACCUCGAGGCCGCCACUCUGCAAGAUGAGCCUGUGAAAUACCACGAGGCCUGGCAAAGACUCUGCAGUGCUCAUGGUGUGUUGGUACCCGGAGGUUUUGGUGUGAGAGGGACUGAAGGCAAGAUUUGCGCUAUUAACUGGGCGAGGAAACAGAAUAAGCCUUUCCUGGGAGUGUGUUUGGGCAUGCAGCUGGCAGUGUGCGAGUUUGCUCGCAAUGUUCUCGGAUGGGAAGAUGCCAACUCCACAGAAUUCAAUCCAGAAUCCACUCACCCUGUCGUGAUUGACAUGCCCGAGCACAACCCAGGGCAGAUGGGUGGGACUAUGAGGUUGGGGAAGAGGCGGACUAUCUUCAAAUCCAGCACCAGCGUACUGAAAAAACUGUACGGAGGCGUGGACUAUGUUGAUGAGAGGCACAGGCACCGAUUUGAGGUGAACCCUGAGCUGAAGCACCACUUUGAAGAAAAGGGUUUUCAGUUUGUCGGCCAGGAUGUGGAAGGAGAGAGAAUGGAGAUCAUUGAAUUGGACGAUCAUUGUUACUUUGUUGGGGUGCAGUUCCAUCCAGAGUUCACCUCCAGACCCAUCAAACCUUCUCCUCCAUACUUUGGUCUCCUGCUGGCUGCUGCAGGAAAACUCCAGAGUUACCUGGCUAAGGGCUGCCGCCUGUCUCCACGGGACACGUACAGCGACCGCAGCGACAGCAGUUCUCCUGAAGCGGACAUGGCCGAGCUGAAGUUCCCCUCGCUGUCCCUCGACUGAAGCCACGCGGUUGUUGUGUCUGUGUGUCACUCAUGCAGAUAAAUGCAAGACCCAGAUUAAAAAGCAGGUUUGCUCUUAAAAGGUGCAGCAAACUGUUUUUACAUUCUUAUGGGUGCAAUAAGUUGUCACCAUAACAAUUUAAACUCUGACUAUAUUAAGUGUUCACUGAUUCUAUAAAGGUGAAGGGAUGUCUUGCCGUGGUAUUUUUAGGGCUUUGUGUUGCUUUGAGUAGAGUAGCUGGGAGAGGUUUUUUUUUAUAGGGAAAUAAAAGACAUGUUGGAAAGCCUGACAGAACAUCGGUAGAAACGAGGAGAAAAACGGAAUAGAGUGAGACUUUACUGGUGAGUCGUCGGCUCAGAGGCUUUAAGAUCGUGAUUCCUAAUGUCAGGGUCAGCGUAUCGGGUUUGUUUUUGGGCCGAUCGUCCUGCAGAUGAAUCCAAGCCGAUGGAAUAAAACGGUAUAGCUCUGGAAAGUUGUUUAUCUUGCCUGUUCAUCAUGGCAGGUAGACGUAUAUCAUUGAUACAUCAACUUGGUUAAAUAAAGGUUUAUUGACAUUUUUUCCCCAGUUCUUUUUAGUCAUAAUGCAUAAACACUUAGUACACAACAGUGAGUAGACGACAUACCAAUCUGCUCCUAAAUACUCUUGCACUCUAUUACAUGGAGGGUACGAGGAAUAUGAGAUUAAUAUAUCUAAUUUUGUUUUGUUAUAUGGUGGAUGGUUUAGGUAUUGAGGAAGAUGCCUCGACAAAGGGUUUUCAUUUCUUCAUGAAAGUUGUAAUAGAUCUUACACUUUGAGGGCUGGAACUUUAAGUCAUGCCCUAAACCUGAAGGGACCUGCUGCUGAUGGUUGAGACCUUUUACCUGCUUACAUGAAUUUGAAUUCUAUUGCCUUUUAGUGCAUGAUAUGACCCAUAACUUCCUAAAAUAAACACAAAUGCAGUCAUCUGACAAGCUGGGCAAGUGUAAGUAACACGUCAGAUAACCGUAAUGAAAACUGAUGUCUUCAAACUGAAAGAAAUGUUUGAUUUGAUCUCCAAACCGGAGCAGCUGACUACACGCUUGGAGUCUUGUUACAUUUAAUGCACGUGGAUAGUCAUGCCUUUAUUUAUCUGUUGGUGACCCACAUAUAUGUGAAACGAGAAGUAUUUUUAUAUUCAAGAAGUUCAGAUGCAUGUGUGAUUUGAUGUGUGUACACUGAAUAAAUAUGGUUGUAUUCCUCUUGACAA